GGGGGGAAGAGCCAGGUCGCACCCCAGGGAAGGCCAAGUAACAGCUCAAUGUCAGGGCAGGGCUGGAGAAGAGGCAAGGAGGCAAGCCUCUCCUCAACCUGGUGGUUAAAGGCAGACGUUGCGGUAUUAGUAGUGGACGCCAGCAGAGGGGAGUUUGAGGCGGACCCUCGAGGCGGGCGGCCAGACACGGGAGCACGGCCUUCUGGUGCGAUCGCUGGGGCGUCACGCAGCUCGCUGUCGCCAUCAAUAAAGGUGGACCAGGUGAACUGGGAACAUGAACGAUUCAAAGCUUGGACAGUUCUUAAAACAGGCUGGCUUCAAGGAAUCUGAUGUGUUCUACGUCCCGACCAGCGGCCUAUCAGGAGAGAACCUCACCACUAAGAGUUCUGUUCCGGAGCUGACAUCCUGGUACUCCGGACCCUGUCUUCUGGAAC